CGGAGUUAAUGAGUAACCCGGGCGGAGGCGCAACCUUCGGCAGUCCAGUCCCAAGAAGCAGCAAAAAAAAAAACCCACUUUUAGUUUUUGGGAUACUGGAUCACCCACGAGCGGAGUUGCUAUGGCAGAGCAGAGCGCCCCGUCGUCCGGCUCCGCCUCCAAGCUGGAGCACGUCCAGGGUCAAGUGAACGAGGUGAAGGUCAUUCUCAAGGACAACAUCGACAAGGUGCUGGAGCGAGGAGACCGCCUGGACGACCUGAUCGGCAAGACCGGAGACCUGCAGGCGUCGGCCGACUCGUUCCAAAGGACCUCCACGCGGGUGGCCAGGAAGUACUGGUGGAAAAACAUCAAAAUGCUCAUCAUCAUCGGCGUGAUCGUGUCGGUCGUCCUCAUCCUCAUCAUCCUCGCCGCGACCAAAGUCAUUUAAUGUAUCUACUGAGCAGUUCUAACAAUUUUUUCUCUCGCAUUUAUUGCGUGUCACUGAUAUCCAUCUUAUGGUCCGUGUACCGGUACACUUUGGACUCACUAGUAUGACGAUAGGGACAUUAGUAAAAUGCCUUGGGUGUGCUAGUACACACUAGUGCCAUUUUGGGCCUGCUAGUACAUAAUUCAACCUUGGUGGUAAACCACAGUCGCUGCGCUAAUACGACUACUUUGCUCUGCUAGUCAGUUCCUGUCAAACAUUGAUAGCACCCAAACAAUUUUCAUAAUAGCAAAUCUAUACUCGUCGUCUUGCCUUGUUCUAUGCGUGAUGGUGUGAAGUCUGAAUUGUUUUACGACGUUUGACAAACUGUACUAGCACAUGGAGCUAAAGCUGGAUAUCAAGGAUACGGAACGCCGUAAUUCCCGGCCUACGGAGCGCACCUGGUUGCAAGCCUCGCUGAGUACAUUUGUAAAGGAAAUACCAUUUGAAACACGAGAUAUUUACAAAGAAAGACAGUACAUAGAGUUUAACGCUAGCGCUAACAGGGCCAGCUAAAAUAAAACUUACCGGUAAGUAUCACUGAGACGCGCCAGUAACACAGCAGCAACACGCUAGCACAGCGCUAACGCUAGCACUAACACCAGGCUAAAGCUAGUGCUCACGCUAGCACCGCGCGAACAUAACCGGUUAAAAUAAAACUUACCAGUAAAUAUAUGCAACAUGCUAGCACUAGUGGUAACGCUAGCACUAACACUCGCACUGUGCUAAUGCUAACAUGGCCAAUUAAAAUACAACUUACCAGUAAAUAUCACGCUAGCACAGCGCUAACAGGGCCGGUGAAAGUCACUUCCUCGGCACAUGUAUUCCAUCGGUCUCACUCA